AUGUAUUUGCUGGAUUAUGCCAUGCCCAUAAUACCCAGGUCAAUACCAAUAAUCGCCCCUCGAAAGGGGAUGUCCCCCGAAGCAGAGCGGGAUAGGGCCAUGAGCAAGGAGCAUCACGCGCAACUGGCUGCUGAAAUGAGUUUGAGGUUGAAGAAGGCUGAGACGAAGGCGCUUAAGGAGAAGUUGUCUAAAGUUGAGGUCACCAAAGAGAACAAAGAAUGA